AUGGGUCUCUGCGCAUCUUCAGAAAAGAACGGCAGCACUCCUGACACGCAGACCGCCAGCGCUGGUAGUGACAACGUUGGCAAAGCGAAGGUACCACCAAAGCAGGAGCCACAGAAGACUGUGAGAACAGUCAACACAGCAAAUCAACAAGAAAAGCAACAACAGAGGCAGCAGCAGCCGUCUCCGCAUAAUGUUAAGGACCGCAAGGAGCAAAACGGGAGCAUUAAUAACGCGAUAUCUCCCACGGCUACGGCAAAUACAAGCGGAUCGCAACAGAUCAAUAUCGACUCUGCCCUGAGAGACAGGUCGAGUAACGUUGCAGCACAACCAUCAUUGUCGGACGCUUCAAGUGGCAGCAACGACAAAGAACUGAAAGUGCUACUGCUGGGUGCCGGUGAAAGUGGUAAGUCCACGGUAUUGCAGCAGUUGAAGAUUUUACACCAGAACGGGUUUAGCGAGCAGGAAAUUAAAGAGUACAUCCCCUUGAUCUAUCAGAAUCUAUUGGAAAUUGGCAGGAACCUCAUCCAGGCGAGAACAAGGUUUAACGUCAACUUGGAACCGGAGUGUGAACUGACGCAACAAGACCUGUCGAGAACCAUGUCCUAUGAAAUGCCCAAUAACUACACGGGCCAAUUCCCGGAAGAUAUCGCGGGCGUAAUAUCUACGUUGUGGGCCUUGCCCUCAACACAAGAUUUAGUCAAUGGGCCUAACGCAUCGAAGUUCUAUCUAAUGGACUCGACUCCUUACUUCAUGGAAAAUUUCACCAGGAUCACUUCGCCCAAUUACAGACCCACCCAGCAGGACAUAUUAAGAUCGAGACAGAUGACGUCAGGGAUUUUUGACACCGUCAUUGAUAUGGGGUCGGAUAUCAAGAUGCAUAUUUACGACGUGGGUGGACAGCGUUCCGAAAGAAAAAAAUGGAUACACUGCUUCGACAAUGUCACUCUGGUCAUAUUUUGCGUUUCUCUAUCGGAGUACGACCAGACGCUGAUGGAGGACAAGAACCAGAACAGGUUUCAGGAAUCGCUGGUGCUUUUCGAUAAUAUUGUCAACAGUAGAUGGUUCGCGCGCACGUCUGUCGUACUCUUUCUGAAUAAAAUCGACCUUUUUGCUGAAAAACUAAGCAAAGUGCCUAUGGAAAAUUACUUCCCAGACUACACCGGCGGGUCAGACAUCAACAAGGCUGCUAAGUACAUACUCUGGAGGUUUGUUCAGUUAAACAGGGCGAAUCUAAGCAUAUAUCCUCACGUGACACAGGCCACAGACACGUCGAAUAUAAGAUUAGUAUUUGCCGCCAUCAAAGAAACAAUUUUGGAAAAUACAUUGAAAGACUCUGGAGUGUUACAAUGA